AUGACCUCUCAAGGAGGCUUCCCUCCACUUUCUGGAGACUCUGGCGGUCUAAGCCCCGCAGACGCCAUCACGUCUAAUACUGUCCAUUCGCUUGCAUUAGACAUGAGGACACAGAGCACUCACUGCUGCAGGUUCGAGAAUCAGCCCACCCACCGUGCUGACACGUAUGUGGGAAGUGGUUAUCAUUACACAUUAGAGGAAAGCAAGGAAGGAUUUGUAAGCAAGCAGAAAGAUGAUGUUAUGGAGUUAAUCAAUAAUGAAUCUAUACCUACAAUACCACACGGUGAUAUGUUCUCCUUUCCACUGUUACCCGAUCAUGAAACCUGUGGUGGCCUCCUUGAAACAGUUACCAUCAACCAGUUCCCACAAGAAUCAGCUGUUUCUUCUACCUGGGAGUCAUGCCAGACCUCUGCACAACCCACGCUGAUUAUCAAGGAACAGCCAAAGCAGCGGGGGAUGCGCUUCCGGUAUCAGUGUGAGGGGAGGUCUGCCGGGAGCAUCCUGGGGGAAAGCAGCAAUGAACAAACCAAGACCCUUCCUGCUAUACAGCUGUUACACUGCGAGACCAUCCAGGAGGCUCAUAUUAAUGUCUGCCUUGUGUGGAAGGACCAUCCUCAUCGUGUCCACCCGCACGCCCUUGUGGGUAAAGACUGUCAUGAUGGCAUCUGUGGCAUCGUACUGCAUCCAAGUAACGGAGAGAACGAACAUUGCUUUAGUAAUCUUGGCAUCCAGUGUGUGCGGAAGAAGGAAAUUGAGUCAUCGGUUAGAGCCAGGCUGAAUCUGGGGAUAGACCCCUAUAACGCUGGAAUAUGGCGACACCAUGAAGAGGUGGAUCUGAACGUGGUCAGGCUUUGUUUUCAGGCAUCGUAUGUUUCAUCUACAGGACAACAAAUGACGAUAGGACCUGUGCUGUCAGAGCCCGUGUAUGAUAAAAAAUCCACAAACACUUCAGAACUGAAGAUAUGCCGGAUCAAUAAAGAUUCUGGCCACUGCGAAGGAGGAGAAGAGCUGUACAUCCUGUGUGACAAGGUUCAGAAAGAGGAUAUCAAGGUGAUGUUCUUUGACAGUACAUGGGAAGCUUGCGCCAACUUCUCCCAGGCUGAUGUGCACAGACAGAUUGCCAUCGUUCUCAAGACGCCACCGUACCGCGAUCUGUAUAUCCAAGACCCGGCUCCUGUGCAAGUCUGCCUGCAGAGGAUCACAGACGGAAUCCGCAGCGAUGGAUUGACUUUCACAUACUUGCCACCCACUAAAGAUAGUGGGAGAUUCCUCAAUCAACGUCCAUAA